GAGGAACAGCCUUCUGCAGGAGUCAGGUUUGUCUGCCUUGCUGUUCACCACAGAAGCAAAGAAAAUUACUGAAAGUAUCAUGCCACAUAAAUGGGAGAAUGAUAGGAAGAAGAGCAGCAGCUCUCUGAAGAUGGAUCAAAAGAACAACGUUGGGAACAGGAAGUCAAGAAAGUUUCGCUCCAUUUCAAGAUCACUUAUACUCUGCAAUGCCAAAACCAGUGAUGAUGGGUCAAGUCCUGACGAGAAAUGCCCUGAUCCCUUUGAGAUCUCCACCAGCUGGGGUCAAGAGGAUUUUGACUGCUGUCCCAGAGCACAGCUGCCAUACACAUCAGAGGCAGAGGACAGCCCACCUGAUCCUCCACGCGUGGUCACCAGCAUUCUCCAGUCCAAAGCUGCAGCAAAUGAGAACUGCAACCACACAAGAAGAAAAUUCCUCACCAAGGACAGCUGCAUCUGCAGGCUGUGUUCAUCAUCAGGGAACAGCAGCUCAGGAAUCAAGCUCUCCAGGAGUCCAAGAUGUGCAUCUUUCUGGAAAGGGUUAACAGGCAGCCACGUGCCUGCUGAAGGCCCAGCAAACAGGGAUGGUUGCCUCAGCCCAAGGGAUGAACUGUUAACACUAAAUGUACAAUCACUGAAAGACCUGUCCAGAAAGGAGGCUGAGUCUCUCAUUUCCCCAGCGACACGGGUGAACAGCAUGAUGGCUCACAAAGAAACACCAACAUGUAAGGAAAGGCCUUUGGAAAUACAGAAGGGUUUUCUGCACGGUAAGGCUGCAUGUCAGCGGACUCGCAGUAACUCCACCAGCGUGAGCGCGCUCUGGGCCGGGCACACGGCGGGCCCAGCGCCGCGCAGGGACCGACAGCCCCUCCAGGCCGGCCGCAAGUCGCUGUCCCAGCAGCUGGACUGCCCUGCAGGGAGAGCCCCGGUGAGUGCCGAGUGCCCUGGGAGCAGGCGGCGUGUCCCCGGCAGGGCUCUCUGCGGGACCACGGCCAGGGGCGCUCUGCCUGCUCUGCCUGCUCUGCCUGCUGCCCCCGACAUCGCCUCUGAGGGGUGCGAGAGCGGGCAAGGCUCCGUGCCAGCACACCCCCAUUUCUCCAGCUUCUCCCUCCCCCUGCCCGGCAGGUUCUGCGGGGUGUUUAUAAUCCCGAGGGCAAUUUCGAGGCCAUCUAGAUCCUUAAGUACAGCACAACUUGUGCACACAUCCUGUGGCUCACAGGCUUCAGUAAUUUCAAACAUUGUAUUGAUGAAAGGACAAGGGAAGGGUUUGGGCUUCAGUAUUGUUGGUGGUAAAGACAGCAUUUAUGGACCAAUAGGCAUCUAUGUCAAAACCAUCUUUCCUGGUGGAGCUGCUGCUGCUGAUGGAAGGCUACAAGAAGGUGAUGAAAUCCUGGAACUGAAUGGAGAAUCCAUGCAUGGAUUGACACAUUAUGAUGCUUUACAGAAAUUCAAGGCCAAAAAGGGUCUUCUGACACUUACAGUCAGGACAAGCUUCAGCACACCUCAUUCUGCUUCCAGCUGUCAGUCACCCCUCUUGUGUCAGUCACUGAGCUCCAGUACAUGCAUAACCAAGGAAAACAGCUCUUUCAGUUCAGAAAAUGCAGCAUUCUCCUUAAAUCCUACAAAGCCCAAUGACAGGGUGAUAAUGGAAGUUACCCUUAACAAAGAGCCUGGUGUUGGCCUUGGAAUUGGGUUAUGUAGCAUCCCUCACUUCCAGUGUAUUUCAGGGAUCUUUAUUCACACCCUCUCACCAGGCUCAGUGGCACAUAUGGAUGGGAGACUCAGGUGUGGAGAUGAAAUUCUUGAAAUUAAUGAAACUUCAGUACAAAAUACAACCCUCAAUGAAGUUUAUGCUGUGCUAAGCCAUUGUGAUCCUGGUGCAGUACAAAUCAUUAUUAGCAGACACCCUGAACCACAGGUGUCUGAACAACAGCUGAAAGAAGCUGUUGCACAAGCUGUGGACAGCAACAGAUUUGGAAAGGAGAGAUACCAAUGGAGUACUGAAGGUGCCAAGAGGCUGGAGAUGAGCUGGCACAGCAGGCACCUGUGUGAGAAGCACAUGGACAGGAGCGCGGGGUGCUGCGGCCGCAGGGCGCAGCGCCUCAUGACCCGCUCCAGCAGCGACAGCAGCUACAACCCCCGGGGCUCCUGCGCCUCUGCUGCUGGGCACCAGCUCACAGACUUGACAGCAAGAGUGCACAGCGUGGAUGUACCAAUCACCCAGCAGCCCGGGCUGCUGCACUCAUUCUCUGCCAGUAAUUCAGGAAAAAAUUCCCCUCCGACCUGUAGCGAAGGUGGUCGAGCCUUGCAAAACACUAAGAAGUCAUCAGAGAUCCUUGUUAGAAAACCUAAAUCAUCAAAGCCCAAACCUCCACCAAGGAAAUACUUCAAGCAGGACUGCACGUGUGAUGACCAGGGUAAUGCAGACAGAAAAGAAAAACUUGUCUUAGAAGUGGCUGCAUCACCUUCUGCAAGUGUUCAGGAAGUUGGAGAACCAAUGCUAGAGGGACAUCAAACUGAUGUAACUCACAGUGUUUUCACCACUUCUCCUACAACAUAUCAUAAGGAACACACAACUGCUGCUCCAGUGGGCAGAGAUCAAGAAAGAAAAGAAAAAUUAGGGACUCCACUUUCAUCAAUACAAAGGCCUGUACUUAAAAGACAAGCACGGGUAGAUUAUAGUCUUGAUACAACAGAAGACCCCUGGGUGAAAAUAUCUGACUGCAUAAAAAGCUUAUUUAAUCCUACCAUGAGUGAAAACAACGUCCACUUAGAUCUGCAACCUGGCAUAGACAAAAAAAAAGAGAAUCAAAAUCGAAGCAGCGCAGAGACAGUUCUGAAGAAAUCAGAAUCAGAAUUAGUCAGUUCCAAAGUGCUAAUACCAGAUGAAAAUGACAGUGUGAAAAAGGGUCCUCCAGUUGCACCUAAGCCCACCUGGUUCCACCAAAGUCUGAAAGGAUUGAGGAAAGCAAACUCAGAUCUGAAACCACAGGCAGAUCAAAGCCCUCCCAACCAUGACAGUAUUUCCAGCAAAAAACUGCAAUCCAGUUUAUCACGUGUGCCUCCUGGAGGAUCAUCAAUAAAACAAAGAAUAAGCUCAUUUGAAUCCUUGAGUGCUCCACAGUCACCUGAAAAACCCCCCCGAAGGUUGAGCCUAAAACCAUCGGUGCAGAAAGAACCUUCUCCCACUGCAGCAGGGGCAGAGGCAGCUGCAGUCUGUUCAAACCAAGCCUGCCUCCAACGUGGUGAAAACAGCCACCAGCAGCCACCUGUGGCCAUGGCUACAAAGAGCUUGGAUAGAACUUCCUCUCGCAGGGAGAGUCCUGCAACCAGCUCAGAGAAAAGCAGCAAUGCCAGCACUGAAAACUCAUCAAGUCUCUUAACUCCAGGAGCCAUUGCAAACUCCCAUCUUGUGUCAGUAGCAAAAGCACACAGCCUAAGGUCACGAAGCUUCCCUCUUACUGCUGCCCAGGCUUGUGAGAUAAUGAAGCCCCAUGAUGAGAAGUGUAGCAAAAUCUAUUCCAUCAGCAGCCAGGUGUCAUCUGCUUUAAUGAAAUCCUUGCUUUGCCUUCCUCAGUCCCCAGCCUCUUCUGGAAACAGUGCAUGGGAAACUCUGGACAAAGUGUCUCAGUCCUCCAUGGAGGAGGAUGGGGCUUCCAUCUCACCUGCAAGUGAGAAUCACCACCUGGACACUGGGUUUUCCCUAAACCUCUCAGAGCUGAGAGAAUACACGGUGAGCCUGGCAGACAAAGGGAGGGAAGAAGACAAACAGGAACAGGGCUCACCUCAAGCAUCCGGUGUGUCGGGGCAGUCAGUCAUCUCUCUGCUUUCCCCUGAGGAGCUGGCAAAGCUUAUAGAGGAAGUCAAAGCCCUAGAUGAAGAAACCUUAAAGGAAUUUGACGAUAUUCAUGUUACAGUUUUGCAUAAAGAAGAAGAUACUGGGCUUGGAUUCAGCCUGGCAGGGGGCAUUGAUCUAGAAAACAAGGUGGUAACAGUUCACAAAAUAUUUCCCAAUGGACUGGCCUGUCAGGAAGGCACUAUUCAGAAAGGAGAUGAAGUACUCUCCAUUAAUGGGAAGUCUCUGAAAGGUGCGACUCACAGUGAUGCCUCGGCAAUCAUGCGACAGGCCCGGCAACCCAGACAAGCUGUUGUUGUCACCAGAAAAUCCAAAGAUGGAGGGAAAAACCUCAAUGUUUCCAUCAGCUCUAGUACGUCAUCAGUAGCAAGUGGUGCCUCACAAGAGUCUGCCACUGGAGAUACAAUCUGCACUGUAACUCUAGAAAAAACACCUGCUGGUUUAGGAUUCAGUCUGGAAGGAGGGAAAGGCUCUAUUCAGGGAGAUAAACCCAUCACCAUCAACAGGAUAUUUAAAGGGACUGCACUGGAACAGGGCAGCCCUGUUCAGCCUGGUGAUGAGCUCCUACAAGUGCACACAAUUGCCAUGCAAGGACUCACUCGUUUUGAGGCAUGGAAUGUAAUCAAGGCAUUACCUGAUGGGCCCAUCACAGCCAUCAUCAAGAGGAAGAAUCACAGCUCUGUUACCAGCAAGUCAUCUGAAACUUUGUGAGAGAAGGGAUUUGACUACUGCCAAUGUUCAAACAAAGGAUUUUAUUACUUGCAGGCACUUGGCUGGCACAGCAAGAUACUCAGAAAGCACCCAUGAGGAGUACACUGGAUUUUACUGCCAGUUACAGAGAAAGCUGUCUGGGAUUAACUAAUACAUGCAGGAAAUUGCAUGAUUCUUAUU